AUGGUCGGUCGGGAUGGGACGGAUGAAAUCACAGCAUUGCAUUCAGAGGAAGCACGGGCAUAUAUGCAGAAGUAUGUGAUAGGAAGAGUACAUGGAAGAUGGAAAAAUUUCUUGCCUCCCAUACAGGGGGGAAUAUUCAGACCGCUGGUAUCGAAGGAUGACGAUGCUAAAGAUUUCAGCUCAUCUGGACAAUCCACGCCGCCAUCACUCGUCUUCGAUACGGAGACAGGGGACGAAGUCCGUUUGAGGCGUAUAGGCAACGAUACGCCUAUUACUCAAGUUUCAUCAUCAGAGCCGGAACCGGAGCAAUUCAAAGCUGCGGAGGCAUCACUAGCUCACGCGAUAUCAUCAGACCUUUCAAAAUAUCCUCGUCUUGAUCAACUAUCCCAAGCCGAGGUCAUCUCCAAGUACCGCCUGCUCGAUGAGAAAUUGCAAUCCGAGGGACUCUAUCAGUGCCCAUAUAGCUCCUACGCCGUUGAAUUUAUCCGAUACUUCACCCUUUUUGUUCUGUUCUUGGGAUGUCUUCACUAUUCAUAUUACACUCUUUCGAGUCUUUUCCUCGGGUUACUCUGGCAUCUCCUGUCAUUCCUCGUUCACGACGCCGGUCAUCUAAGCAUAACACAUGGGUUCCACACAGACAGCUGCAUCGGAAUUUUUGUUGCAGAUUUCAUUGGUGGUCUUUCAGUCGGUUGGUGGAAGCGAAAUCACAACGUACAUCAUAUAACAACCAACUCGCCCGAGCACGAUCCAGACAUCCAACAUAUGCCAUUUUUUGCCAUCUCCUCUCGAUUCUUUGCUUCCCUGCGCUCAACCUACUACGACCGCGAUAUGUCUUUUGAUACUGCAUCACGAUGGUUUAUCAAGCACCAGCAUUACCUCUACUAUCCCAUACUUUUAAUGGGUCGCUUCAAUCUAUACCGCCUAGCAUGGACGUAUCUACUAGAUCCGAAGCAAGCGCCUCGUAAAGGCUCGGCGUGGUGGCAUCGCUACCUUGAAAUGACCGGCCAGGUGUUUUUCUGGUAUUGGUACGGCUACCGAACACUAUACCUCUCAAUCCCGACGUGGUCGUCCCGCAUCGCUUUCCUGUUCAUCUCUCAUAUGGUCACCGCCCCGUUGCACGUCCAACUCACGCUCAGCCACUUUGCCAUGUCGACCGUCGAUGGUGGUCUUCACGAGUCGUUUGCUCAGAAGAUGGUGCGGACAACGAUGGAUGUCGAUUGCCCGCCUUGGUUGGACUUUAUACAUGGCGGUCUCAAUCAUCAAGUCGUGCACCAUUUGUUCCCUCGUCUGCCAAGACAUAACCUGCGCCGGGCGCAGAAGUAUGUCAAGGAGUUCUGCGCCGACGUUGGAAUCCCAUACGUGAUGUUUACUUUUACGCGCGGGAAUAAGGAAGUUAUUAGCAGACUGGGCGAAGUGGCUGAGCAAUUGAGGGUGAUGGAGGAAUGCAGGAAAAUUGCUGCGAAGGAUUUGCUUGAGGGUCACCACAGUCAUUGA